AUGCCUCCCCCCAGGACCUCCAAUGAAAGAUCUGCAAUAGUCUCGCCUGUCAAGUCCCCUGCAAAAAGCUUCAUUCUACCACCAGUGAGUAUAGAGCAAGUCCCUCUCGUUUCGGGUUGUGUCCCUGAGAAGUGCCAGUUCACCGUCCCCCCCGGCUGGACUUCGAUCCCAUCGAGCUCUGCCUAUUAUGAAGAAUGGAAUGGUGCCGACUCAGAAGGCCAAACAAUUGCUCGGUGCUAUGGUCUCCAGCCAGGACAGCCGGUGAUGGAGGAUUACGAAGCGUGGACAACAAUUUUCUUGUCUGGUAAUAAGUUCUAUCUUUGGGAGCGGAUGGGUGACGAAGUGUAUGAAAUUGUCUCUCAAGAGAUACGCGAGAUCGCUUAUGUGAUUUCCCGGUCAGAGCUUAGAGGGCUGGCCAGAAAGCCUCUUAUUCUAAUUCGGUAG